UUUUUUUCUUCUUAUUAGUAUAUUUUUCCAAUUAUUUUCUGUUUGAAGCGUUUCUUUUUGUUGUUGUUUUGUUUUUGUAUUUUAUACGUAUUGUGUACAUCAUCUCCCAUGUUUAGUUAGCAAACGUUGUUGUGGUGACGCAGUGAAAUCCAGUUGGAUUUAGAGAGUUUGUUGGAAAACAACAUCCAAGAAAAUCGCAAAUACUUUUUUCCGAAAUUAAUGUUUUCUGGUUUUAUAUUUGCAAUUUGUUCAUAAAAAAAAUGUUUUUUAUUUAAUAAUUAUCAAAUUGGAAACAAAUUUUCGAGUAGCUCGUUCGUUGAUUGUUUUUCGAAAUUGUAUUUUGUUAUUAAACAGUGAGUGAUUGUAAAUGUUUAUGUGUUUGUGAUAUAUUUUCGUUGUUUUAUAUAUAAAUGGAAAUUAUUAUGAAAGUAAAAUGUUCACCAAGUCCGGGAGCUGGCUCCUCACCACAUUCCACCUUGAAAAUAGUUGAUCAUCAUCAUCAAUUGCAGCAACACACCUACACAAAUGCUGGCUACAAAUCAAGUCCGCCACCACAUAAUGUGAUGCCACCACGAACUUAUACACCCAAUACUCAUCAUCCAGGCAGUAAUUAUCCAAUAACCACCAACAACCCAUCCUCGUGUAAUGAUUGUUCUUUGGGCUAUUGUUGUAAUGUUGCACCAUGUUGUGCCACAACACCUUCGCCCUCUCAUUAUUCACAAACUCCACCCCAACCCUUACAGUCCACGCUACAAUCAUCGGCCGCUGCUGCUGGCCCCUAUCAACAUACGGAACCAUAUUUAAAUAAUUCUCCAUGUGAAACAGCCGAUGAACCUGAAUUUGUGUCCAUAGAUGAUGAAAAAGUUAAACAAUAUUUAAUACGCUUGGGCCAGCAGCAAUUACAAAAACGGCAACAGCAGCAGCAACAACAGCAACAAAAUCGUCCACAAAAAGAACCAAAAAUAACGCAUGUAUUUUCGGCUCCAACCAACGAAAACACGGUGAAACCGGUAGUCUAUGAAAUUAUUGAACUAGAUGAUGAGGAUGAAAGGGAAAAACUGAAACAAAUCAAACAACAGGCCGAACAAAGUUUAGCCAACAGAAAAUUACCACCCAAUCUCAGUAUAAACUUUGCCAACCGACAUACGAAGUCAUUGGACAUAAGUCUUAUACCCAAAACACCCGACAACAGAGCAUCAAAUUGCAGCCAAGAAUUGCCUUUAUCCAGCCAACAAGCAUCAUCGCGUGCGUUUAAUAAAGAUCCGGCGAAUCAUAAAAUUAUAGCGCAAAUAGAUUUGUUGGAAAGUGAUGAUGAUGAAGAGGAAGAUGCGUAUAUAAAUGAUGACGACGACGAUGAGGAUGAUGAUGAUACAUUACCUCUAGUGGCUGUUAGUUGCGAGCUGCAGUGUGAUGAUGAAGAUGAGGAUAUUGUUGAUAAUAGUCCUGUAGGAAUUAGCAGAAAUCUGCCAUACAACAAUACUAGCAACUAUUUGAGCGCACAGCAACGCCGGCCCACCAUGAGAUAUUCCAAACCUUCUGUGGAAGAUGUUGUUAUAGUCGGUUCGCAUGCGGAUAAGAAUCAUGAUGAUAUGAUGGUUCGCUGGGAGGAAUACGAAGGACAAAGAGAACGUGUUUUCUUCGAGUGUUUUUUGUGCGGCAAAAAAGUACAGUCCAGCUAUAAUUUAAGACGGCAUAUGAUGAUUCACACAGGUGAACGUCCAUUUGGCUGUGACUUGUGCGAUCGCCGAUUCCGAGAAUUCAGCGAUAUGAAAAAACACAGACGCCGCCAUUCCAACGAGCCGAACUAUUUGUGCAUGGUUUGUCAUGAAAGGACACCAGUGGAUAAUGAUCCCACACGCUGCAUUAAUUGUUGUACACAAUCAAAAAAUGCCGUAAUAAUGGCUGCCAUGAAACCGGCCACUGAUGCCGACAAUGCAGCCGAACAAAAUGCCCGUGCAAAGGCAACAACAGUAACUGAAACAUCACAAUCCCCCUCCUUGUCCUCUGCUUCGGUAACGCAAACACCACAACAGCGGCAUACACUUCCCACCAUCACCUCAGUAACAAGUUAUAAUAUUGCGGCAAUUAGAACAAAAUCUCCACCCACAGCCACAGCCAGUAGUAGUGGUAGUCCAGCAGCAAAUAGCAACAGUGCCACCAAUUCAAAAUCAUCCGAAGAAACCCAACGUCUGUUGGACAAUAUACCAGCAGUACAUCGUCCAGGCUACAAUGAAUUGGGUAUGAUUACCCGUAAAGAGUUUCCAUGUCCAUUGUGCAAUCGUGCCUUUGGCACACGUCACAAUCUAAAGCGUCACUAUAUGAUACACACGGGCGAGAAACCAUUUAGUUGUACCAAGUGUCGUAAACCUUUUAGGGAAUACUCUACGCUCAAAAAGCACAUGGUUACGCAUAUACGUGAACGUUGGUACAAGUGUAUGCGUUGUCCCAUGAAAUUUCGUGAUUUUCUCAAAUACACUGAACACAAAGAAACUCACAGCAAUGACAGUGAUAGUGAAGGGCAAGCCAUGGCUUCCGGUUCAUCGGCCGGCACAAAAUAUACUGCCAUGCAAGUUGAUGGUUAUUUGGAUUCAAAUGAUGAGGAUUCGGGUGCCGAAGAUUGGCUGGAGUGCUGUGAAUGUGGUCAGCGUUUUAAUGAAAUCGAUGCCUACAAUGAGCACUUAAAGGAACAUGAUGCAAACACUCAAAUCUUUCAGUGUUACAUAUGCAAACAGCAAUUAAAGACACGAGCAGAAUUAGAUCAGCAUAUAGCCCAACAGCAUAAACUGGAUAUAACUGAUUCCAUGGAUGAGGAUAAUGAAGAAGCAUGAGUACUUGUAAUAAGGACUACUAAUAGUUUUGUAUAUGUUUGUACAUACAAAUCUAUGUAUUUUUUAUAUUAAUUGGGUUUUGGUUUCACCUUUUCAACCCAACAAAAACAUUCCCCAGUUUGCAAUUGUCAAGUGCAGCCGUGAUCAAUUACAAAAAAGAUAUUUUUACAUUUUUAAUUUUUAUUAAUUUUGAGAUUAUUUUUCUAGAAGUUUAAGUUUUUAAAAAUUUAAUUUUAGAUAUUUAUUAUUGUUACUCUAACUUUUAACUCUCUUUUCCUUUCUCUCUUAUUUGCUGUAAUUGUCCGUAUUAGUUCAAUAGAGGAAUAUCCUGAAAAUUCAAAAAAAAAAAAAUUGUCUAAUAUGGAAAACCCACAAUUUAUUUAUAGUGCAAUUGUAAAAUAUUGAUAAAAUUUAUAUUUUUAUACUAUAUAAACUACAUGCAUAUGUAUGUAUAUAUUUUUUUGCAUAUUUAAAUGUAUGCUUAUUUGAAUCAAAAUAUUUAAAUGAAUGUCUAUGUAAAUCGUUAUAUGAAAAUUGUUAUUUUAACAUAAAUUAUUACGCUUAAGUUUUAAUCUGUAAUCCUUCAUACUAAAUACAUAUAACAAAUAAUUACAUUCCAAAUAAAAAAUACUAAUUAUAUUCCCCAUUUAUAUUUGAAAAA